UUGUGUUCGUGCUCGACUAGCAGAUGUUCGGCUGCUACCACGCACUCCCUCACACACGAAUGGUCGCGGCAGCAUUGAUUCAUUAGUUUACCGAAAAUAUGAUGUAUUUUGGGGAGAAACGCUGAUAAACGAGGAUUCGGACUGACAUUGUUUUUCGACGGCGGUUAACGACCGUUUGAGCUCACGCGCUCACUGAUUUAAAUUAUUGAGCAGUGGGCCUCGAGCUCGCUGCACGCGCUCCACUCAAUAAAUACAGGUUUGAGAAGAAGUUGAUUUCCAAGAUGUCCAAGGCACUGAAUUCUCCUUCUCGGUCCAGAUCAAGAUCUCGGUCUCGAUCUCGGUCAUACUCGCGCUCUCGUUCCAGCAGUCGAUCACGCUCAAGGUCUAGGAAGCAUCGCUACAGCUCUAGAUCUCGUUCCCGUUCCCACAGCCGUGAGAGGAAUUACCCAUCAAGAGAUUUUCAGAACAACCGCGGAUAUAACCGUGGCUUCCGCGGCUACCGGAGGCCCUUUUAUUACAAUCGGGGCCGGGGUCGUGGUUAUUUUCCCCGUGGCUACCACAGAGGAGGAGGAGGAGGAGGAGGUGGUGGCGGCGGCGGCGGCGGCGGUGGUUACGGCUAUCGUAACAAUAACUGGCACGGAGGCCACCGUGACCAGCAGCAGUCCCAUGAACACCACAGUCCCAAGAGGGUGGUUCGUUCACGCUCUCGCACCCCGCGCAAACGCUCCGGAAGCCGCAGUCGCUCGCAUUGUUCCGAAAGGUCGUCUUCCCGGUCCCGCCGCUCCAGCUCGUCCUCUCGCUCUCCUUCUCCCAAACGCCCCAGCGCCGGGAAAACUCGUUCCAAAGAUUCCAAGAGUAAGAGCUCGCCUGGCGAAGGAAAGAAUACCAGCAAAGAACCAGAACCCAAAACUGUGGUGACCGUCUCCGAUGAGCCUCCAAGCAAAUGGGAGAACCUGAGCGACUACGACACGAGCCCCAAACUGUCUAAACCCGAGCCGAGCACAUCGGCAGGCGUUCAGUCUGAGGUUACGGUGUCCGUCUCUACAGGUAACGGUGCCGCUGGUUGGAGGAGCAUUAGUGGGCCUGACACUAAUAAGAGCCCUCCAAAGCCAUCAUCGACUUCCACUGGCUUUGGGUUCUUCUCUAAGGAUGACACGAAGACAGGAGAUAAAUCGGCCAUCUCCACCGCCUUCAAAAAGUUUAUGGCAGAGAAGAAAAAGCCAUCUGCAGACUGGGAUAACAGCGAGGAACCCAAAUCCGGUGAUGGCGAAAAGGAGAAGAGCAGCAGAAAGCAAAAAGGCAUUUUCGACAUGGAUGCAGUCUAUGUCGAGUCAAAGAUCGAGAAAGGCCUUCCUUUCCUGGGCGAGGAGGAAGAAGAGUACGCAAAGAGCCUGAAAGCGAGGAAGGCCGAAGAAGAAUCAAAGUAUAAAUCCAAACCCACCCUGUCCGCACGGGAAAUGUUCGAGGAACGUUUCGGGAAAUGGGACGACGACUACGUUUCCAACAAAGAAACGUCGCAGCGGGACGAAGAAAUGGAAGAGGAGGAGGAUCAAGCCAUGGAGGAGCUUUAUCGAAGUCGCAAGCAGGCAGUCCGUAAAGAGGAAAAGGCCGCCAAGAAGAAGGAUAAGAAGAAGAACAGGGCCAGCCCGUCUCCGUCGCCCUCCAAAAGCUCAGACAGGAGCAAGCCGUUGUUCCCUGUACUGAGGGAGGCGUCACCUCCAGCCAGAUCCUCCAAGAAGAAAGAGCCAGAGUUUAAUUUCAGUCUGAAAACGUUCAACGAUGAUGUGCAGAGUGCACCUGAUACGUUAACCAAAGAGAGACGUUUGUCUCAGGAUCUAAUCUACCCUGUAAAGAAAGAGCACGAGGAGUUCCGCUCCAUUUUCCAGCACAUUCAGGCUGCUCAGCUGCGUCGCAGCCCCUCAGAGCUGUUUGCUCAACACAUAGUCACAAUUGUCCAUCACAUCAAAGCUCAGCACUUUCGCUCCUCUGGGAUGUCUCUGAACGAGCGUUUCGGCAUGUACCAAAGGAAAGCGGCACAGAUGGAAAUGAUGAGGCAGCGCAAGAGUCCCGAGAUCCACAGGAGAAUUGAUGUCUCUCCCAGUGCUUUUAAGAAGCACUCGCGUCUCUUUGAGGAUAUGGAGGAGAGCGAGUACAAGGAUUUUGCUAAAAAAUACGAAGGGGACCCAAUGGACCUGCGUGUGGAUAUUGAGCGGCGCAAAAAAUACCCCAAACGCGAAGGGGGGAAAAGCUCGGCUGGGUCACAGACCCCCACUCGUGAGCAAUCUUCUGAAAAAGCUUCCAAACUCAAGAAGUCCAAGAAAAACAAGAAGGAGCGUGAACGUUCUCCUUCCUCCUCCUCUUCCUCUUCGUCUCCCUCACCUUCGCCAUACCGACAGAGAGAGUACCACGGCGAGGAGGUGGAUCAUAUGGAGAAAGCGGGCUUCGACAAGUCCCGCCUGGGGCCACGAGAGUUCCCGGGACCGGUUGACCGCGGCCCCAGAGACUACGAGGGGGGCCACAUGGAGAGAGGCUUUGAGAGGGGGAGAGGAGGGUACGAACGUGGAGGAUAUACGGGAUACGAUCGAGGACGCGGCGGUUACGACAGAGGAUUCCCUAGAAUGAGAGGACGAGGAUGGAACAGGGGAAAUUACCCUGGCAACAAUAACAACGGGAACCCGACCAACGUGGGCGGCCCGGUUCGACCCCAGGAGGAAGAGUGGGACCCUGAGUAUACACCUAAAAGCAGAAAGUACUAUCAGCAUGAUGACCGCGACAGGGAGGGAGAGAUGAAGUGGGCGGACGGACGAGGUCGCGGGCGGGGCACGUACCCACGCAGCAGAGGCUCGUUCACCGUGCGCAGAGGCAGCAGCACCAGCACCGGUGGCAGCCCCAAGUGGACCCACGACAUGUUCCAGGGAGCCACCGAGGAGGGAGAGCUGCCCGACGAUGACGCCGAAAACAGCAUGAAAGACGAGGAUAAGACCACAGAGAGCGGCACGUCCAAACCGUAGACCAUGCGUACCCUCGUAUAUUGUUUUUUUUAUCAUGAUGAUUACUUUUAGUUUCCCCUUGUCCUGCAGUUCGGGUGUAAUGUUAAACCACUGUGAGCUUACACUGUUUUAAAGUCCCACAUGGUCAUUUUAUGUUUGGAAUUGAUUUGUUUAGAUGAUAGAAGGAUUUAGAGAACAUUUUUGGUGUAUGAAGGUUGUAAGGGAUGCUACCCAUAUAUAAGCAAACGAAUAAUCAUAUACUGUCUGUAUGGUUUGUAUUAAAAACGGUCGUAGUAACCAAACUUG